AUGUAUAGACAAUUGGUGGGAAGUCUAAUCUAUCUCACACUAACCCAAUCAGAUAUUACCUAUGCAGUUAGUGUGAUUAGUCGAUUCAUGCAGAAACCGAAGAAACUUCACUUGGAAGCUAUAAAGCGAAUAUUGAGGUUUGUCAAAGGAAGUAUUGAUUAUGGUAUCCUUUACCGUAAUGAUAGAAAAUUUGAAGUUGCUGGAUAUUGUGAUGCUGAUUAUGCUGGAGAUCUUGAUACACGUCGAUCAACUACUGGUUAUGUGUUCAACCUGGGUUCUAGAGCAGUUUCAUGGUGUAGUAAGAGACAACCAACAGUGUCAUUGUCAAGUACGAAAGCAGAGUACCGAGCAUCAGCGAUGGCAACACGAGAAUGUGUAUGGCUCACCCAGCUACUGAAGGAUUUGCAUCAGCCUGUUAACUAUGGUGUCAAGUUAAGUUGUGAUAAUCAGUCAACUAUACAACUAGCUGAAAAUCCAGUGUUUCGUGCUAGGACUAAGCAUGUAGAGGUACAUUAUCACUUUGUUCGAGAAAAGGCUCUACAAGAUGAAAUCCAACUUGAGCAAGUGAAGACAGAUGACCAGGUUGCUGACAUUUUCACAAAGGGUCUUGGAGGACUAAAGUUUGAGAAGUUUCGUAAACAACUUGGUAUGACCUCAAGGCUUACUCCGAAGGAGAGUGGUUGUUGA